AAAGUCAUGGAGAAACAAAAUUUAGGAAUUCAAUCGGACACAUAAGUAUACGGUGUUGUCGCAUUGACGUCUGGCAAUAUUGCACAGUGGGUCAUCAACACAAAUGUGAACACUAAAUUUGAUUGAUCUCUCAUAUGAGAGUGUUGCCGAAAGAUCGAAAGUAUUGGCAAAAUGACUCAGAUGACACAAGAUGAAAUAAUAAGUAACACAAAAACUGUUCUUCAAGGAUUAGAAGCACUUCGCGUUGAGCACGCCUCCUUAGUUUCCGGAAUUGGGGACACUGUAAAAGAUGACGAAAAAACAUACAUUAUAAAGAAAAAUAUAGACCACAUUGACUUAGGUCUUAGUGAAGCACAAGUCAUGAUGGCAUUGUCAUGCCACCUACAAAACGUUGAAGCAGAAAAACAAAAACUUAAAACUCAAGUUCGUCGAUUGCAUCAGGAAAACGCUUGGCUUCGAGACGAACUUGCAAAUACUCAGCAAAAAUUUCAAUCUUCUGAACAGUUAGUGGCACAAUUGGAAGAAGAGAAAAAACAUCUUGAAUUUAUGACAUCUAUAAAAAAAUAUGAUGAUAAUCAGGAACAAGAAGAUGUAAACGAAAAACCUAGGCCUGAUCCCGUAGUAGAGUUAUUUCCAGACGAUGAUAAUGAUGAUAGAAAUAAUACUUCUCCAACACCACCAAGUCAAUUUUCAAAUCAAUCAUCCGGUUACGAAAUACCAGCUCGUUUAAGAACACUACACAAUUUGGUUAUACAGUAUGCGUCACAAGGAAGGUAUGAAGUUGCAGUACCAUUGUGCAAACAGGCUCUUGAGGACCUAGAAAAAACAAGCGGCCAUGAUCAUCCAGAUGUUGCAACUAUGCUCAACAUUCUUGCAUUAGUGUACCGCGACCAGAAUAAAUACAAAGAAGCUGCUAACUUGCUUAAUGAUGCAUUAUCCAUAAGAGGAAAGACUCUUGGCGAGAAUCACCCGGCUGUUGCUGCAACUUUAAAUAACCUUGCUGUUCUCUAUGGCAAACGAGGAAAGUACAAGGAUGCAGAACCUUUAUGUAAACGUGCGCUAGAAAUCAGAGAAAAGGUUUUGGGAAAAGAUCACCCAGAUGUUGCAAAACAGCUCAAUAAUUUAGCGCUACUAUGCCAAAAUCAAGGAAAAUACGAUGAAGUAGAGAAAUAUUAUCAACGAGCCUUGGAAAUUUAUGAAUCAAAACUUGGACCCGACGAUCCAAAUGUAGCAAAAACAAAAAAUAAUCUUGCAAGUUGCUAUUUAAAACAAGGGAAAUAUGCUGAAGCAGAAGUUUUGUAUAAGCAAGUUCUAACACGAGCACACGAAAAGGAAUUUGGAGCAAUAGAUAGCAAGAACAAGCCCAUAUGGCAGGUUGCUGAAGAAAGAGAGGAGCAUAAAUAUGAUAAUCGCGAAAAUACGCCUUAUGGAGAGUACGGUGGAUGGCAUAAAGCUGCGAAAGUCGAUUCUCCAACUGUCACUACAACUUUGAAAAAUUUAGGAGCACUUUAUAGAAGACAGGGCAUGUUUGAAGCUGCCGAAACAUUGGAAGAUUGCGCACUACGUAGCAAAAAGGAAGCGUUGGAUAUUGCAAAACAAAAUAAGAAGCUCCAGAAAUAACUUACGACAUUUAUUGAGGGGUGAUCUCCGCUUUUUCGAUAUGACAACAUAUUAUAUACCAUUCCGUCAUGUCAUGUAUAUGCUUAUUAAUACUAAAAUAAACUUAAUUUAUAACAAAAGUA